GGAGGCUCAUUGCAGCAGAUACAGUAUAAAUAAUACCAAGCCAACUACACCUGGUUAUAAACACCUCUUUGUAUAUUACAUACACUAUAUAAUAACAUAUAAUAUACAUUCUCUCUCUAUAUAUUUUCCGGUGACCGGAAUUUGGGCACUCAAUUUUCCAACUACCUCCUGGCAUUUGCAUACACACACACACACACAAACACUUGUGUGGUGUGUGUGUGUGUAUUUUCCCCUUGUGUGUAGAUACUGUCGUCUGUCAGUAGAUUUGUUUCAUCUGGGCUACAAUCUUUUUGUCAUUGUGUUGUAAAGCUACAUUCUUUUUAGCCUUUUGAGUAACAAAUCACUUGCUUUCAAGAAUUCACACUUAUAGAAUUCUUGGAUCUUGAACAAUCAAAUAAAGAUCAGAUCUUUACAUUUUUUGGAACCAUUGUUUGUGAUUUUGGUUUGCUGAGCUGGUGAUGAUAUUCACAAGUUGAUUUGGGUAAGUUUUGAUUUUUUGAGUGUAUAUAGGAAUAGUAUGUGUAAGAUAGAGAAGAGGGGAUAUAUUGAAAUGGGGUUGAAAUCAUUUGGUGGUGAGGGUAAAAAGGGGAUUGACAAGUUUAAGAGUUCAAUGGUGUCAAGGUCUAAGAUGAAGCUUUGGAUGAUUAGAGCAACUACUUGCAUUUUGUUGUGGACUUGUUUAGUUCAGUUGACAACUUUGAGUGAGAUGUGGGGAGCUAGAGUUUUAAAGGGUUGGCCUUCUUGCUUUUCCCAUGAAUCUGCUACUGCUAUGGAUGUCAUGAUCACACCGUCUCUUCCGACUCGAGUUCUUCCACCCAAGAGGGUGUAUAAGAACAAUGGCUAUUUGAUGGUUUCAUGCAAUGGAGGUCUUAACCAAAUGCGUGCAGCGAUAUGCGACAUGGUAGCUAUAGCAAGAUAUUUAAAUGUUACGCUUAUUGUUCCUGAGCUGGAUAAAACUUCUUUCUGGGCUGAUCCAAGUGAGUUUCAGGACAUUUUUGAUGUCGACCAUUUCAUUUCAUCACUGAGGGAUGAGGUUCGUAUACUGAAGCAACUGCCUCCCAGAGUUAAGAGGAGAGUGGAACUAGGAUUGUUUUACACAAUGCCUCCUGUCAGUUGGUCUGACAUUUCUUAUUAUCAUAAUCAAAUUCUCCCUCUGAUCCAGAAAUACAAGAUUGUGCAUCUGAAUAGGACUGAUGCUCGGCUUGCCAACAAUGGUCUGCCACUAGAGAUGCAAAAGCUUCGAUGCCGAGUAAACUUCGGUGCUCUGAGAUUUACUUCUCAAAUAGAGGAGUUGGGAAAAAGGGUAAUUAAGCUCUUAAGGCAGAAUGGUCCUUUCCUUGUACUUCAUCUCAGAUAUGAAAUGGACAUGUUAGCAUUUUCGGGUUGUAACCAGGGAUGCAGCAAUGAAGAAGUAGAUGAGUUGACACGAAUGAGAUAUGCCUACCCAUGGUGGAAAGAGAAAAUCAUAAAUUCUGACUUGAAAAGAAAGGAUGGUCUAUGUCCAUUAACCCCCGAGGAAACUGCUCUUACACUGAGGGCACUGGACAUUGAUCGUGACAUCCAAAUCUACAUUGCCGCUGGAGAGAUUUAUGGCGGAGAAAAACGAAUGGCUAGUCUCACUGCUGCUUAUCCAAGAGUGGUCAGGAAGGAAACUCUUUUGGACUCGUCAGACCUUGGAUAUUUCCAGAAUCACUCUUCUCAGAUGGCAGCACUCGAUUAUCUUGUUUCUCUAGAAAGUGAUAUUUUUGUUCCAACAUAUGAUGGAAACAUGGCCAAAGUUGUUGAAGGCCACCGCAGAUUCCUUGGUUUCAGAAAGACGAUAUUAUUGGAUAGAAAGCUACUAGUUGAUUUAAUAGAUCAAUAUAAUCACGGUUCCUUGAAUUGGGAUGAAUUCUCUAGUGCUGUUAAGGAAGCACAUUCAGAUCGCAUGGGGAACCCCACAAAAAGGUUGGUGAUUCCAGACAGACCAAAGGAGGAAGAUUAUUUCUAUGCCAACCCUGACGAAUGCUUGCAAUCAUCAGAAAUGUCGGAGGAAAGAUUAGAAAUCUUAUAAUUGACUGGGGCACGCUCUGUUGUUUUGACUAGUGGACUGCAUUGUGAAUCUACCACUACUGGGGAUCAAAGUUCUCUUAUUACUGAAUCAUUAGAGAUGACGAGAAUCUUGUUCUGAGGAGGAAAUUGAAAUGAUGGCAAGGAAUGUGCAAUUUCACCACUACAGAGGAUCAUCGGGACCAGGUGGAGUUUCAUGUAAAUUCUCGGUUGUAUUAAUUAUCUAAUAAUUUGGUUCCUGUAUAGAAGAUACCCUGCCAUUACAGGGUUAUACUGAACUUCACCGUCCUCGGUGUACGCAAAUGGAUAGCAUGCAUUAGUCCCUGUUCAUUUGACAUGCGGUUCUCUGUAGGCACACUAUCGAUUAUCGAAUAUAUAGAUACCAUCAAUAUAGUUCCAUCUUGUA